UGUCCAAUAACCAACUGAGUGGCACCAUCCCAACAUGCCUCAGCAGUAGCAACUUAGGGGUACUACAGUUCACGAACAACAAAUUAGCUGGAAAUAUCCCUAUUUCAAUUUGCAAUGCAAGUAAUUUGGAUAUUUUGGAUUUCUCCAAUAACCUAUUGAGUGGCACCAUCCCAGCAUGCCUCAGCAGUAGUAACUUAUUGGGGGUACUAAAUGUAGAGGGCAACAAAUUACAUGGUCCUAUUCCUCCUACAAUAUUCAGAAGUGGAUGCAGUCUCCAUACACUUAAAGUCAAUAAAAAUAUGCUUCAAGGACAAGUUCCAAGAUCAAUGGCUAACUGCGAGGAAUUGGAGGUGUUAGAUAUUGGGUACAACCAGUUGAAUGGUACCUUCCCAUAUUGGUUGGAGAAUCUCCCUGAAUUGCGUGUUCCUUGUCAUGAGAUCCAACAACUUUGGUGGUCAUAUUGGACUCUCCCAUGUUGAUUCUCCCUUCCCAAACCUACAUGUCUUUGACAUUUCUUUUAAUACUUUUAGGGGGAAUUUACCAUUGCAGUAUAUUCUUCAUUGGAAGGUGAUGAUGACUGUGGAGAAUAAUUCAGAUUUAAAUUACCUCAGUUUCAAAUCAAACUCUUCUGGCUUUUACUAUCAAGACACAAUUUCUAUGGUGUACAAGGGACUAUACAUGGAAAUGUCUGGAAUUUUAACCACCCUCAUCACCAUAGAUCUAUCCAACAACAACUUCAAAGGAAAGAUUCCAGAUGCUUUGGGCAAUUUAAAAGCACUUAAGGUACUCAACUUGUCAGGAAAUAGCCUCACAGGUCAAAUUCCAUUUUCACUGGGGAAUCUAAGCGAACUCGAGUCGCUAGAUCUGUCAAGAAACAAAUUUUCAGGAGAAAUCCCAAGGCAAUUGACAAAUUUGACCUUCCUUUCGGUCUUGAAUUUAUCAUAUAAUAACCUCAUAGGAAGUAUACCCCAAGGGAGCCAAUUUGACACGUUUUCAAAUGCUUCCUAUGAGGGAAAUGCAGGACUAUGUGGGUUGCCUUUGUCAAAGAAGUGUGGAAUACUAGAUAGAGCAUUACCUCCAACAUCAACAUUCCAACAAAAUGAUGAUGAUUCAACACAUCUACUUGAUUGGAAAUUUGUUGUAGCUGGAUAUUGCUCUGGUUUAAUAGUUGGGUUGAUCAUUGGACAAGAAUUGUUUUGGAGAGGCAACCGAUACUUUGUAUGUGGUUUGAGAAUCAGAGGAUCCAAGCAAAGGAAAGGAUUAAAGAGGAAACACCACAACAGAGAGAAAUGAAUCAAUGUUAAGCAUUAGAAUAAAUGAGAUUUGAGUGC